AUGGGGUUUACCGUCUCCGAAAAAAGACCACCUGCCCCACGCCCCUCGCUGGUCCGGGCAUGCCUCAUGACGCGGAGCUGGGAGGGCGCGGACGGCGUGUCGCUGGCGCAGAGCGGCAAGCCCCACGGCUCGGAGCCCAUUUGCCGCAUCGCCAUUGCCAAGCGCCAUGUGCUCACGGGCGGCCAGGAUGGCUCAGUGGCGGUCUCAGACCUGCGGCACUUGGAGCAGCCCACAGCUGUGGUACUGAAGGACGAGGCAGACGGCUCGGCCGCACCUGAGGCAGUGGGCCACCGAGAUGCCGUGCAAGGCCUGGCUUGGCUGCCACAGGACAAUCGCCUAUUCGCCUCCGGCGGUGCAGAAGGACUUCUGAAAGUGUGGGACGCCUCCGAGCUGAGCUCGGUGCUGAGCCUGGACCUUCACAGCGCCAUCAAGGGCCUGGCCAUGAGCGGAACCGCGCAGGUGGCAGCGGCCUUGGAAGACCUGACGCUGCGGCUGGUGGAUCUGCGCUCGGGCCGCGCGGUGAACACGCUGCAGGGCCACACCAAGCCGCCCCUGUGUGCGGUGUGGGGGGAGAAGCAUCUCUUCUCCGGCGGCAUGGAUGGCACCUUGCGGGCCUGGGACUGCCGCAUGGGCGCCCGCAGCCUCUUCCUCUGCGAUCCCUACGCCCACGAAGGGGAACGGCCCCUGAAGCGCUCGGCGCCCAAAGAGCAACUGGCGCAGGAGCUCGAGCACAAGGUGGCCAGGAUUGAGCCCUACCGAUUCAGGUCCAUGCGGAGCGUGCUGGGCACGCACCGCCGCUUCGAGGAGGGCUCUGUACAACACAUGGCCGGGGGCGGCAGCCUCCUGGACUUGGAGCCGGCGGAUACCGGCAAGUCCGAGCCAGACGGGGUGAGGAGGGCGCGUGAGCAGUUCACCAAAGAGGCGGAGCUGCGGAGCCGCCACGUCUUCGGGCCACCCAGGCGGGAAUACGCGUACGAGGCGCAGAUGGCGCACCGGGGUGCUAUCACUUCUGUGUGUGCCUCACAGGGACGGCUGAUUUCCUGCGGUGUGGACGGGAAGGUGCGGUGCUGGCACCAGGAGUCGGGACAUUUGCUGCAGCCCGAGGUUUCCAAGAAACAAGAGGACAGCAUCAAGCGCGAGGCCGGCUCGUGGAGGUCUGAGGUGAACGUGGAGUGCGGCACAGAGGAGCGCCCUUUGCAGAUGGCAGCCCUCUCGCAGGAAGGUGUGUGCCUAAUUCCGGAGGAGGAGCUGGUGGCAGUGUACUGCCUGCAAGAGGCCAAGUGCCUUUGCCGCCUGGCGGCCCACAAGGCUCAGGUGCUGUGCUGUGAGGCAGCCUCCAGCACCCAAGUCCUCUCUGCAGGUUCCGAUGGCUUGCUGCUGAGCUGGAACGCCAGUCCAGGCAAGAGUGACGUCAUCUCCUUGGACUGAGACGAAGGGCGUGUUGCCAGGACGUGGCGCUUUGGGGAGAAAAAAGUAUCGCUCACAUGCAGCGGAGCUCGUUUGGCAUCGCGAUGAUGUGCUCGUUGCAGACUCCUGUGAGGUUUGGUUAGAAAAGAUGUGUGGCCCAUGUCCACGGCGAGGGA